ACCACAUUGACUACAACUCCCAGAACACAAACAGUACCUGCGCAUGCGCAGUUAAUGACGUCUUCAUUCCGCGACCGAGCAUCGCGUCCCGCGGCGAUGGCGAGCGGCAAAAAGAGCGCUCUUCUUUCGUCUCUAGCGGAUUAUGGAGACGAUUCAGAACCGGACUCUGACCCAGAACCCGAGGAGUCCGAGGUUCGUGGAGGAAGUCUCGUUUACGGCUAUGGUGAAGAGGAGCCGAGUCGGAUCGAGGAUCCCGGGAUCAGAGAGUCCGAAGAUGAAGACAGCAAGGAGAGCAACUCGGAGAUGGACGGAUCAGACGAGGGGAGGGAGCCCGAUGAUUUUGAGCCUGCAGUUCCUCGGAUCUCCGGGCCCCAACCUGCAGAUCUGCAGAUUCCUGUGCCUCAGCCUGCAGCCCAGCAGGCACCUGUGCUUCAACCUGCGGUCCCGCAGAUCAGCACAGGCACCGUCAGGGCUGAGAUCGAGUGCACAGACCCUGCUGCAGCUGGACACAUCUGA